UAAAGUUUCUAAAUUGUUUUACUUUAUAAACGUAGUUUCUUAAUAUUUUUGUAUAUAUUGAAAGAAGUUACCAUCUUUUACAUUCCAAAUUCAAACGCCCGGAUUUAUUGCAGAAGAUCAUGGAAAACAAAAUAGAGGGAAAACGUUCGAGUUCACGAUCCAACCAUUUAUUGCAGAAGAUAAGAGAUUUUAUUCGUUCUAUUGUUGAAGAUCUUUCUCUUGGUCGUUCUCCGGUGAUUUACAUUCAUCGUUUCCGUAAUUACUGCACUGAUACUUCUGGAAACUGCUAUUGCAGCCAUGACUCAAUUAAGGGAGUGGAAAUUCUCACACUACAAAGGGAGUGCCAUGCACGUAGGUUGGAUAUUUUAUUGCGCGUGCUACUUAUUGUUCAACAACUUUUGCAAGAGAAUAGACAUGGGUCAAAAAGAGACAUUUAUUACAUGCAUCCUUCUGUGUUUCAAGAACAAUCCAUUGUAGACCGAGCCAUUAAUGACAUCUGCAUCCUUCUUCAGUGCAGUCGCCACAACCUAAAUGUUGUCUCUGUUUCAAAAGGAUUGGUGAUGGGAUGGUUGAGAUUCUCUGAAGCUGAUAGGAUAAUCAAUUGCCUAAGCCACCCUGAUCAUGCACACUCUAUUCCAGUACAUGUAGAAGAAGUAAAAGAUAUAAUGAGUGUUGCAGACUAUAUACUAGUUGUGGAGAAGGAAUCAGUAUUCCAAAGAUUGGCAAAUGAUUGUUUUUGCAAGAGUAAUCGUUGCAUUGUCAUCACUGGAAGAGGUUAUCCUGAUAUUCCAACAAGAAGGUUCUUGAGGCUACUAAUCCAACAGCUGCAAUUGCCAGCUUAUUGUUUGGUUGAUUGUGAUCCAUAUGGCUUUGACAUCUUAACCACAUAUCGCUUUGGCUCAAUGCAAAUGGCAUAUGAUGCAAAAAUACUAAGGCUUCCUGAGAUUAAGUGGCUUGGAGUAUUUCCAUCAGAUGUAGAGAAAUAUAAUUUUCCACAACAAUGUCUCCUCCCUAUGACACCCCAAGAUAAGGUGAAAACAGAGGCAAUUUUGAAUCGAUGUUAUUUGCAAAGACUAGUGCCAAAGUGGAGGUUGGAACUAGAGUUGCUGCUGAAAAAUGGAGUCAAAAUAUUUACCAUCCAAGAUUCAAGGAUUGUUGUCCGAAAGUCCACUCCAACUAUGAGUUUUGACGAUUAUAGUCUUAGGUUCUUUCUAUCUGUGCUCGGGGAUUCGUUAAGGCAGCAGCUAGGGAUUUCUUUCAUUGAGAUUCAGCGUUCAAGGUACUUUCGGUUUCAAGGGGAAUAACUCAGAUUGACUACAUCGUGCACACGACAUGGAUUCUGCUUUUGAGAUAUCACUCUGAUUGUUAUGAUGUCGAGAUACUUAUUUUCUUUUGAGUUGUAGGGAUAAUGUUUUUGGAAUACUGUUUUAUCUAAAUUAAAAAUGAAAAUUUUAGAUCAUAUAUUUGAGACGUUACAUAUUCGAUGUUCUUGAUGCCAUUGUCGAUCGACUAAUACUCUUCGACUGGCUUUCUUGUUUGUUAGUUUUCAAUUAGAUAGAAACCGUAUUAGCCAAUCCCUAUUCU